AUGUUGACCGCUACGCGGGUGAUUAGCCGCAAGGCUUUGGAGUGCUCCGGCUUUAGUUCAGACAUUUACACACAGAGGAAUUUCUCGUCAAUCCUCAGAAACACCGCAGCCCCCACUGUGCCUAUUUACCAGCAACAUGCUAUCCAGUACAGGAACAAGUCAGAGGGAGUCCGUGGUGCCGUCAUCGGUAUUGACUUGGGCACUACCAACUCCUGUGUCGCAGUCAUGGAGGGCAAGACACCUAAGGUGGUUGAAAACAGCGAAGGUUCACGCACGACCCCAUCCCACGUCGCAUUCAGCAAAGAUGGCGAGCGUCUCGUCGGUAUGCCGGCUAAACGCCAAGCUGUCACGAACAGCGGCAACACUUUCUACGCCACCAAGAGGCUGAUCGGAAGACGCUUUGAUGACCCCGAAGUCCAGAAAGAUAUGAAGAAUCUGUCCUACAAGGUCGUCCGCGCUUCCAAUGGUGAUGCUUGGGUGCAGGGUAGCGACGGCAAGGUAUAUUCCCCGUCCCAAAUCGGUGCUUUCGUGCUGAUGAAGAUGAAGGAGACCGCCGAAGCUUACCUGAACACCUCUGUAAAGAACGCAGUCAUCACCGUACCAGCGUACUUCAACGACUCCCAGCGACAGGCUACUAAAGAUGCAGGUCAAAUUUCCGGUUUGAACGUGUUGAGAGUGAUCAACGAACCGACCGCUGCCGCCCUCGCAUAUGGCAUGGACAAGACUGAUGAUAAGAUCAUUGCCGUAUACGACUUGGGCGGUGGUACCUUCGAUAUCUCAGUGCUGGAGAUCCAGAAAGGAGUGUUCGAGGUGAAGAGUACCAAUGGAGACACACUCCUCGGAGGCGAGGACUUUGACAACGUCAUUGUCAACUUCCUUGUCGAUGAAUUCAAGCGUGAUCAAGGCAUUGACAUCCGCAAGGACGCGAUGGCUAUGCAGAGAUUGAAGGAAGCCGCUGAGAAGGCCAAGAUUGAGCUGUCCGGGUCUUUGCAGACGGACAUCAACCUGCCAUACCUUACCAUGGACGCUUCCGGACCUAAACACAUGAACCUCAAGAUGACCCGUUCAAAACUGGAAUCCCUGGUUGGUGACCUGAUCAAGCGCACCGUGGCCCCGUGCCAGCGCGCCCUGCAGGACGCGGAGGUCCAACGCGCUGACAUCGGAGAGGUGUUGCUUGUUGGAGGCAUGACUCGUAUGCCUAAGGUCCAAUCAACAGUCCAAGAGAUCUUCGGUCGCGCUCCAUCGCGCGCGGUGAACCCCGACGAGGCGGUCGCGGUGGGCGCCGCCGUGCAGGGCGGAGUCCUAGCCGGGGACGUCACGGACAUCCUUCUACUCGACGUCACGCCUCUUUCCCUGGGUAUUGAGACCCUCGGCGGAGUGUUCACUAAGCUAAUCACAAGAAAUACUACUAUCCCUACGAAGAAGAGUCAGGUGUUCUCUACAGCUGCCGAUGGCCAAACACAAGUAGAAAUCAAAGUGCACCAAGGCGAGCGCGAGAUGGCGGCCGACAACAAGUUGCUCGGACAGUUCUCCCUCGUCGGCAUCCCGCCCGCGCCGCGCGGCGUGCCGCAGAUCGAGGUCACCUUCGACAUCGACGCCAACGGCAUCGUACACGUCUCCGCCAGGGACAAGGGCACCGGCAAGGAGCAACAAAUCGUUAUCCAAUCCUCGGGCGGUCUAUCGAAGGACGAGAUCGAGAACAUGGUGAAGGCGGCGGAACAAUUCGCGGCGACGGACAAGCAACGUCGCGAGCGAGUCGAAGUCUCCAACCAGGCCGAGGGUGUGCUGCACGAUACUGAGACCAAGAUGGACGAGUACAAGAGCCAGUUGCCACAGGACGAGUGCGACAAGCUCCGCGGUGAGAUCGCGAAGCUCCGCGAUUUGCUCGCGAAGAAGGACAGCGCCGACCCGGAGGAGAUCCGCUCAGCCACGUCCACGCUCCAACAGGCCAGUCUCAAACUAUUCGAACAGGCGUACAAGAAGAUGGCAGCAGAACGCGAAGGUCAACAGCAGACGCAGCAAACUGAACAAAGCCAGGAGAAGAAAGAAGAGAAGAAUUAA